AUGGCGAGAUCGGAGCUUCCGCAGGAUAUUGGACUCUUGCCCGGCACCUACAUCCGCCCGUUGUGGAAGGACAUGCCGUCCUUUAUCCAUCAGCGUCAUGAACGCCUUCGACUGGAAUGGCUGUGGCUGAAGCACGCCGUCCAGAACUUCAUUGGAGUCAUCGCCUACAGCCGAUACUUCAACAAAGGGCUACCCCUCGAAUUGAAGGAGCGUCGCCAGAUCGCCCAGGACUUUCACCGGCGCAUGUUAACUGCUUUCGCAGCGGGCGACACUGCCACCAUCAACAAGAUUUGCUGCACCGGCUUAGCCAAGGAGCUCAACUCCCGCAUCGCCACGCGCCCCAAGAAUGAGAAGGUCACCUGGAGCCUGGAUUCCUACAACCGCGACGCCUCCACCUUCUGGACCGGUGCCCGCGUGGUGUCGGACCGUGCCACUCAGAUUCCCGAGAUCCCGGACUCGGGCGUGCGCCAGGUCGUCGUGCGCAUCACCAGCAAGCAGUCUGCUGGCAAGUACACGGCGCCCGCCAAGGGACAGGCCGCCGAGGACUCCACCGCGGUGGCUACAAACGAAAAGCAGCGGGACUGCACAGAAUACAUCGUCAUCCAGAAGCUCCGGUGGACGGGUGAGGACACCGGCUGGCGCGUGUGGGGUCACGCUACCCCGACCACCGUCGACGAUCUCAGCAGCCCCUUCUUUGCUCCUGGUUUGACCCUUGCCGAGCGUUUGGAGGCUCUGAAGGCGGGUAUGGGUCGGUAG